CACCUCAUUCAUUUGCCCAGACGCCCAGACAAAAGUACUUGGAUGAUAUGUCAGCUUUCUUCUUUUCUUUUCUACAGGAGCUGGAUAUGUGAUGCAAAAGCAAUUAAGUAUGGCAGAAUUCCUGAAACUUAACUUCACAUUUCAUAUGUAUGAGGUAUCUCGUGUCCGUAAACGAGGAAGACAUUGUAGUGCUACAUAUAAGACGGUCCUCGUAAACUGAGUAACAUAAAGCGAAUGUGCAACAUAAGACUCGUGCCUCGUUUUAACUUCGAAGCGUUGUGGUUUUUCCAAUCAUAUGACAUCGAUGAACGAAUAAUACUAAAAUGGAAAUCAAGGAAGCAUGUUUUUGUGGGAUGGUCUCCACUGGCUUCUAUAUAAAAGAUCGUUUUACAUUGGUGACUGGAAUGAAAUGGCUUUAAGGAAAUGAGGUUUCUGUGAGUGUAGAUAUUGGCGCAGACGAGCUUUAAUUAUCUCAGGUUCAACAAUGGAUGAAGAAGAGACGAAAUCUUUCUUUGGUUGUUUCGUACGGUUGCAGCGUCACCAUAGACGACUUCGAGAUUUUAUCACGCUUCUGGCCCUAAAUGAUGUGAUCGAUGACAACGAAUAUACCAGUAUUACAACAUCGAUGAAAAAGCAUUCUCCCAUUGAUCUUAGGAUAAUCAAGACAAUACCAAGCCGCUGCAGUACUGAUAGACUUCUCAAAUGUCUGAGUAUAAAUCGUAAACUGCACAACAGUUUUAAGAAAAAACAUCGAAAUACUCCUUCGCCCUUAGUCACUCCACACAGGUUAAGCCUAAACAACUCAAACGAUACAUAUGUUGAUAACUUUUAUGAGCUGUUGAAAGAGAGAGCAUUACGGAGUGGGUCUUUGGAGUGGACUGCAGAUUUCAAACGGUGGACACGCCAGCUUUCUUCCAAACUUCAAAUGCUGCCUUGUGGCACCCAUAAACGCAAUGUAGCUGACUGUUUUUUUGUGAUGCUGGAUUUGCAGGCAGUCAUAGAGAAACGCCAUGAGGCAGAUAAAUCUCAGCUUUGGAUGCGUCCAGUGUUUCAGAUGAUGGAAACAAUUCUUUGUGAAACAUCAAAUCCUUCACUUUCAAGACUCAUAUAUCAAUCUCGGAAAGGUACCGCGUGUGCUCAAUCUCAUCAAUUCGACGAAGCUUUGAAGUAUGCCUCUCUUGUUUUGUGUGAUGUCGCUAUGUUUUCGAAAGGGAGACAGAUUGGAAGCUGUAUAUUCGCAGUCGUAAAUAUGUACCUACAAUACUACAGUAGUCUCUGUGGUGCUAAUAGGAAGGAAGAAGCGUUGGAUUUGAAACAACGGAUCCUGUUUUGGAUCGAAGUGGGAUACAGACAAUUCGACAACGAGGACAGUGAUAUGAAAAAGACAUGGAGAAGAGUGUACUUGGAUAAGAAGGCCUUCUGUCAUCUCGGAAUAGAUAUUUUAUCCAGGGACAUACCAAAUGCUGUUAUUACUUACACCGAUAUAACAACCGCAGAACAGUGUAUUGUCGAAAUGAUGAACCUCAAAGAGGGUAUGGAAAAGCUGAGGAUGUUGCAUUUUUAUGUUGCAUGUGGAAAAGUGAAUAAACUAAAAUGCCCAUCCGAGGAUGGAAACGGCUUUUAUGUAAAGGCUUUACAGCUCGCUAUUGAAGGGAAACUUCAUUCUGAGGAAGCAGUGUUGAAAGAAUAUUUUCACAUUCGCGAAGCUUCAGAAAAUGUAGACGAGACAAUCGACAGGGACGAAGCUGAAAAUCCAUCACCGAAAACCGAGGAAGACCAAAGCCAAUUCGGGGAUUUAGUAGAAGGAUUUAUGCAAUGUCAAAUAGAACGCAAAACAUCUUGAGUUACUUUUGGAUAACAUCAUGAUAAAGAAAUAAUAUCAUUGUCAAUCAGUGGUGAAUAUUAAUUUAUUAGAAACAACUUGUUGGCAUUUUAUCGACGAUGGUGGUUUGUUGAAAUUACCAAUUUUCUUAUCUUGAAUCGUUCUAUGAAUUCUGGAGACAUAAUGGUUGUAUUUUUCCACAAACUUCAUUUGUAAUUCUCCUUAGCUCCAAAUUAAGGAGGAAGUUCAAAGCAGCUAAGACGCCAUCUUGGGAUUUGACAUUGGUACAGUGGUAGUUGUUUCGUGAGAAGUAUAUAUUGCAUGAUAGAUCAUGCUCAAUUUUCUUUAUGUACGUUCCUCAGGCUGUGUUCAAUGCGCCUGGCUCAGAGCAACAAUAUGUGUGACUGGUGGGCAUCUUAGAUUUUUACAGGUAGAAUAGUUGAUGACAAGCAUACGAUUGUGAGAGCUUUUGUAUCAAACCAGGAGCCGCCCAAUCAAGAUAUUUCUGAACUUGUGUGUAGAA